AUGGCUUUCGAUCGACCAGUAUGCCCACAGCAACAGUCUGGGCUUCUUACAGUCUUGCCUCCUGAGCUCCGCUGUCGGGUCUGGGAAUACGUACUCUCGGAUACCAACUUCGCCUGCGUCAUGCUGCGUCGCCCUGGUGAAUCGCAGACAUCACCCGCAACGCACAACAAGCUGUCGCUACUCCAGGUCUGCCGCGCUACAUACGACGAAGCCGCGGGUAUUUUCUACCACCAGCAUCGGCUACAGAUCAGCCCACUCAAUCUUCAGCCAUUCAUCAAGUCCACAGGUCUGAACCGACGUGGCAGCAUCCGAAGACUGGUUAUUGUUGUCUCGGCCUUUGAAGAUAUCACCUUGGCCUGCAAGCAGCUACGAUACAUGCCUCACCUGGAAGACGUCAUGUUCAGAUUCGAUCGCGCCGCCUUGUACAGAAGAUUUGUGGAUGAUGAUCUCAAAGAACUUGCGGCUAGAGAGCGUCCUUUCCUGAAGGGCUGCGGUCUGAAUACAAUCGCCUCCGCUUCGAUUCAACUCACGAUCACGGUAGGAUCUUGGCCCGGCCAAAAGAACCAUGCCGCUCUCUUAAAGGACUUUGAACAAGCAAUCCACGCAGCACAAUCGCUUAAGCCCAAGAAGAACAUGGUUGGCACCGGGAGCUCCUGCGUAGGUUGA